UGGUCACUCCCUGCACUGUCUGCAGUCUCUGGUCAUUCCCUGCACUGUCUGCAGUCUCUGGUCAUUCCCUGCACUGUCUGCAGUCUCUGGUCAUUCCCUGCACUGUCUGCAGUCUCUGGUCAUUCCCUGCACUUGUCCGCAGUCUCUGGUCAUUCCCUGUACUGUGUCCGCAGUCUCUGGUCAUCUCCUGCACUGUGUCCGCAGUCUCUGGUCAUCUCCUGCACUGUGUCCGCAGUCUCUGGUCAUCUCCUGCACUGUGUCCGCAGUCUCUGGUCAUCUCCUGCACUGUGUCCGCAGUCUCUGGUCAUCUCCUGCACUGUGUCCGCAGUCUCUGGUCAUCUCCUGCACUGUGUCCGCAGUCUCUGGUCAUCUCCUGCACUGUGUCCGCAGUCUCUGGUCAUCUCCUGCACUGUGUCCGCAGUCUCUGGUCAUCUCCUGCACUGUGUCCGCAGUCUCUGGUCAUCUCCUGCACUGUGUCCGCAGUCUCUGGUCAUCUCCUGCACUGUGUCCGCAGUCUCUGGUCAUCUCCUGCACUGUGUCCGCAGUCUCUGGUCAUCUCCU